GCGCACAUGCGCAUUCGGUGGGAAACACAAUUGAAAACGGGCAGCUAUGCCGCGCGGUGCAGAAAACGAGCUGGACGCGUCCGCUUGGAACAACGGCCGGUGUAGCGGAGGACUCACCCGGGGACUGCAGGACCGGGAGGCUGCUGACAGGCGUUAACAGCGAGUCUUUCCCCGGGGAUAACCUCCUCCUGAAACUGCGGCGAAAGUAGCGGCGUGAGCGGUCGACGAAUCCGCUCCUUCUCCCCUUUCCCUCUCCUCUCCCCUGAUUUCGGCACCGCAAGAGAAACACCGACACAUCAGCAAUGUUGCUACUAAACGUCUAGGAUUUAUCCCGGUUGUCCGUUUGUACCAACUGUAAAUAAAACUGCUCAGAGACAAUAAGCGACAACAGCCGGGUUCACUAUGGUUUUAUUGGCGGUCCGCAAUAGGAGAUGUCUUAAUAGCUGCUGUAUGGGGACGUUAUUCUUGCAGUUGUUGCUGUGGAUUUUAUGUGCCGUGAACGGAGAGGAGCAGCCGUUCAGUGUAGAGGCAUGGCUCCAGAGGUAUGGUUACCUCCCUUCUGCAGACCCCAGAAUGUCAGUGCUACGUUCUGCUCGAGUCAUGCAGUCCGCUAUCGCUGCUAUGCAGCGCCGCUAUGGCCUCAAUGUCACAGGGACUCUGGACGGCAACACCAUAGACGAUAACACAAUAAGGUGGAUGAAGAGGCCUAGGUGUGGGGUUCCUGACCAGGUAGGAGGUGCAUCCAAAUUCAGUGUCAGGAAACGGCGGUACGCACUUACAGGACAGAAGUGGCAACACAAACAUAUCACAUACAGCAUAAAGAACGUGACACCCAAAGUGGGUGCAGAGGAGACCCAUGAUGCCAUUCGGCGAGCCUUUGACGUUUGGCAAAAUGUGACGCCGCUUCGCUUUGAGGCUGUGCCCUACAGUGAGCUGGAGAGGACCAAGAAAGACGUGGACAUCACCAUCAUCUUCGCUUCAGGUUUCCACGGCGAUAGCUCGCCCUUUGAUGGCGAGGGUGGCUUCCUGGCCCAUGCCUACUUUCCAGGGCCAGGGAUAGGAGGCGACACGCACUUUGACUCAGAUGAACCGUGGACGCUGGGCAACCCCAACCAUGACGGUAACGAUUUGUUCUUGGUAGCGGUCCACGAGCUCGGCCACGCGCUGGGCCUCGAACACUCCAACGAUCCUACGGCCAUCAUGGCUCCUUUCUACCAAUACAUGGACACUGACAACUUUAAACUGCCCAUGGACGAUCUGCUGGGCAUCCAGAAGAUUUAUGGGCCUCCUGAUAAGCUUCCCCAGCCCACCAAGCCUUUGCCGACGGUGCCCCCUCCCCGCUCCCAUCCUCCUUCAGACCCCCGCAAGCCAGACAGGCAGACCCGACCUCCGAGGCUGCCCCCAGGAGAUAGACCAUCCCACCCCAAUGCUAAACCCAACAUCUGCGAUGGAGGCUUCAACACCCUCGCCAUACUGAGGAGAGAGAUGUUUGUCUUCAAGGACCACUGGUUUUGGCGGGUUAGAGAUAACUCGGUAAUGCCAGGGUACCCCAUGCUCAUCAGCGUUUUCUGGCGGGGCCUGCCGCCCAAGAUAGAUGCCGUCUACGAGAACAGCGAGGGCAAGUUUGUCUUCUUCAAAGGGAAGCAGUUCUGGGUGUUUAAGGACACAGUGUUGCAGACUGGAUACCCCAAGGACAUCACCCAGUUUGGCCAUGGCAUGCCGGCCCAGAGCAUCGAGACGGCUGUGUGGUGGGAGGAUGUGGCCAAGACCUACUUCUUUAAAGGGGACAGGUACUGGCGCUACAAUGAGGAAAUGAGAACCAUGGAUCCUGGCUAUCCCAAGCCCAUCACAGUGUGGAGAGGUGUGCCUGAUUCGCCACAGGGGGCCUUCGUCGACAAAGCCAACGGUUUCACCUACUUCUACAAGGGUAAGGAGUACUGGAAGUUCAACAACCAGUUCCUCCGAGUGGAGCCGGGCUACCCGCGUUCCAUCCUCAAGGACUUCAUGGGCUGCGAGCUGACGCCCAUCGACCCCGCCCGGCCGCCAGCCGAUGACGGCAACUCGGACGUGGUGAUCGAGCUGGACAACGAGGCGAACACAGUGAAGGCCAUCGCCAUCGUCAUCCCGUGCGUGCUCGCACUGUGCCUGCUGGUGCUGAUCUACACUGUGGUGCAGUUCAAGAGGAAGGGUACGCCACGCCACAUACUGUACUGCAAACGCUCCAUGCAGGAAUGGGUCUGAAACGUCUGAACGAGAUGAGAAGGUGGGGAGAGGGUGGCAGAAGAGACGGGUGAAAACAGGAUGACAGCCCCCACUUUCACAGAGGAGGACUUUGGACAUCUUUAGUGAAAACACACAGCCACGCCUCCUCCUUUUGGGUGAUCUGAGACCUUCGUUCAGACCCGCAGAAACAGCCAGACAGCCUGUCGGCAGCCCCUCACACAUAAGGUGACCCCAGGACUCAAAGUCAACUCCGCUAACCCCCAGCCUUUUUAACAAACAGGGGAGCAGAGGAACAGUUUGUGGGGGAUCUUUGCCUGAAAUGACCUUCAGUCCCAGUCAAAAAACAGGAGGGUCUGCAUCACUUUGUAUCUCAGAAACUUGACUUCCUAUCCCAUUCCUCUUUUUUUUUCUUUGCCCAACUGCUCUUAAUCAGAAGGAAGACUUUUCAGGGGGACACGCACUCUUCCCACAGGGCACUGCAUUGUCAUCUGUCAUAUCAGGUCGUUGAUUAAACAACAGUUUUCUAUUUUCUGAUCUUAGUGCCCCCCCCCCUUCAUACUGCACUCAAAAAAUAAACAGUCUCAGAUAAACACAAGUUCAUCAUAUUACCAAUCUUCAAUCCCUUUUCUUUUUGUUUUUCCUUUUUUUAUUUCUAAUUUUAACUCUUUUGAGAAAGGAGGUCCUCACUGUUCCCUUUAACACGUUGCUGAGGAAGAGACCAAACUAAACCAAAUAAAAUCAAUUUCUCUCCAAAGAGGAUCACAUUUUAUUUCUUUGGAUUUCUUUUUCUUUCUAUUUUUUGGUUCUCAUUUCAGUCCAUCCUUCCUUCCCUUCUCUGGAUCCUUGCAGCGAUUAAGAGUCGGGGAGCUUUGACUGUUGUGGCAGUCUGUUUGAGACACAGGGGCCAAAUUAUUCUGCAAUAUUUUAACUCGCCUUAAUUAUAGAUCAUACUACUUGUGCUUGGUUUGGCUGUUCUUGGAUUUGUUUGUUUUUUAUUUGUAUACCGCUUUUAUUUUUGUUUGUUUGUUUGUAACAGAAGCUAAUUGAAAGCUUCUUGUGAUUGUUUUUUCUGGAUUUCAUUACGUUACCCAGAAUUCUCAGCACUGGCUUGCUGAGCCAUUCUGGACAGAAUAUACAGUAGGGUCAGCCUGUAUUGAGAGUAAUCUAUUGUAUCGUAAAAAGAUGUCGAAAGAUUCUGGAGUUAAGCCACUAUUUUUGUGUGUUAAAAUAUUUGUUGCUGUUACUUUUAUCAUUUCCAUACGAAGGAAAUCAGGCUAAUCAUGAGCUUGAGAGUCUUAUCAUUAGAUUUGCUGAUGUUAUUUUUUUGUCCCUGGCCCAUAUUCCCCUCGGUUUAAAAAAGUGUGCAUCCAAAAUGGUCAUUCUGUAUGGUUAUUUGUGAAUGGACAGACCAUUUUUUAAAAGAAUCCUGUGACUGCCUUGCUUGAGAGAGCUCACAGUUCCAAGAAUGCUCUUGUCUCCUGACUGAGGACCCACAAAGUGAGACACCAAGUCAACAUCAGUGCCUGUGUCAACGUGCAUGCAAGCAUUUACUGUACAUCCAGCCGGUUCUGCUCAACGUGGCUUUGGAACCCCUCAAAAGCUGAGGAGGAAGUUUUCUCUUGAAAGUACUGUUUGCAUUUAUUUUUGUGCAUUUUAAGUGUAACCCAACCCCCCUCCCCUUACCUCCAGGUACAAUUAAAUCUAAGAAAAAAACUUUAAAAGAUUCAAGUGGUACAUUUGGGAAAUUUUUGGGAGAUCUGAUGGGUGAUUGAAAUCAAAUUGGCCUCAACAAACCAACUGUUAGAAAACAUCUAGUGUCCUCGCUGUCAUGGCGAGCAGUAUGUCUUUGGAUGUGUGUCUGUUUUCAUGAUCACAUACUGGUUUUCCUUUCUUUCCUGUUUUCUGGUCAAAACUAAUUGGACAUCUCACAAUGACUUCUUUGUGUAAGACUUUGGGACAACAGGAAAAUGUGUCCUGACAGAAUUAAUAAAUUGAUCAAUAUAUGAUUAAUAGCUGCCUUCAAGCUCUCUGCUCUUCUUUUAACUUGUAUGUAUAGUAUGUACAGUAUGUUCAAUGCAAGUCCGUGCUGUUUGUACAUAUGUGUUCCCCACUGCUGAGUGUUUGCUUGUGUUUGUGAGCUUAUGGUCAUUUGUUAUCGCUAACUCUUAGAUGAUGUGCACCCUACAGCAGGUGGUUUGAAUGCAGGCAGGAAGAUGAAGCUCCCCUGUGAAGCUUUGAAAAAGAAGGGAAUUUGAACACCCAAUGUUCAUGUCAAGCACUCAUGUGUACCAACCUGUUGAUCUGAUGAUGAUUUACUGGAAGAUGCCAAGAAAAGUAAUCUAAUGAUGAACCUUUUCUUUAUUGAACAUCAUGACAUCAAAAAAUAAUUUGAAAAAAGGACAUUUCUUGUCUCAAUUUGCAGUCUACAGCCAUGCUAGCGCCGCAACCAUGCUAAUGGGAAGUACUGGACAAAUUUAAAUGUUACCUGAUGACGAUUGUAGACUAAAGGUCAGGGGAUCACCAAAGUUAUUAGGAUUUAUCGUCUGGGCACCAUAGAUAUCUGUGCCAAAUGUCAUGGCAAUCCAUCCAAUAGUAGGUGAUAUAUUGUAGUCUGAAGUGGUUGACCAACCAGCAGACCAACAUUGCCACCCCUAGAGUCAAUGCCGCUAGCAUUCCUUAUCAGACUUACGACACUAGGACUAACUAGCUCUACACUGUAAUACAAGAACAAUGUUGUUUCUUUAUUUACAUGUCUUCCACAUGGAUCAUCAACUAGUGAGGAUGCUAAUUGUGCAUGUAGCUUUAGCCUCUGGUUUUUAGCACGGUAAUACAUAUGUAGCAAUCAGGUGCAUAUUUAAGACCUCUUUUACAGAGCUCUCACUUUAGUCACUUAAGUCAUCUGGAAACAUUAAAAAGACAUUAAAACAACAUUAAAAAGACAGCUAGAUACAGCUUUUUCAACCAACUCAUGGAGCUAACAUUAGCUUAAUUAGCUAGCUAGCUAGCUGAUAAAAUCUACCAGAAACAGUUGCCACUUCUGCUGGCAAAAUUGACAGUUGCUGGCUAUAAAUAAGAAGCCUGCAUUUGUCUACCGCUGUCGAGCAUGGCUAAAAAUAUAUAUUACCUUUUGCAGCUUUAAAAGGUUAGAUUUGUAAUAAGUCCAACGAAAAUUAAAUAGUAUACUUCAUUUGCUACAGCAUACGUAUCUGCUCUGCAAAUGUCCUUUGCAUUCAUUUGACGGAAUACCGCUCCGGUAUCCAUCUAUGUAGAUGAAAACGUUAUUUCAAUAAAGCCAAUAUCGCAAGACUUUGAACACUAACCCACAUUAGCUUUUCUGCUAGACUCCUUAUCUGACUUACAAACAUGAACACACGUCUUGUACUGCACCUUAGUUUGUUGAACAAGCGACCAAACAAACAUUCACCGUGGAAAAGUGCACCGCUAACGUCAGUUUGCAGGCUAGAUAGCUAAUUAGCUGCUCUGCUGCAGCACAUUAAACCUGCAAAUGUCACUUUAGUUAGAUGCUGGUGUGGUCCUUACUCUUCAAUACCUCUAACAAAAGGCUGUCUGCAAAGUACAUGUAAGCUACAGCGCAGGUUUGUUUACUUUGUCCCUCUUUCCCUAUGGUGUAACAGCGGCACACUGCUGUCAAUCAAGCAGACACAGACACGCCCCUCCAGCCGGCUGAGACGAAAAGGAGCAUUUCUGAUAUUUCCCCAAAGACCUUUUUUCUUCCUUUAAAUAAUAAUAAAAGUCUAUGAACAACACAUUUAAAAAGCAUGUUAACAUUAUUUUUGACUACAAAAAGGAUAACUAAAUGUGAUUUCAGUUGGACUUGAAACUUGAAUCUAGAGCAAACAGUGCAGACAGAGGGCCGACAUACAGUACAUAAGGAUACUGGCUCCAAACUACAGUGAACUCUCAGCUCCAGAGAUAAACUCAGCCAGCAACAGGAAAGAAAAAUAAAAAAAGUAGCAUUUGAUUCAGAGAAAACUGUAUACGUGUUGAUCUGGGCUUGAGAGCUCAGCAGUCUGCUGCUGUAUUUUUGGGUGGCAUGAUAAAAAUCAGUGCUUUAGAUGUACGAUCCCAGCGGUACAGUGCUGGCAUUUAUUGCGGAUUGAAUGUGAAACAGGAGCCGUCUACAGCCCGCUAGUGUUUAUUCUAGCUUUGCUGGGACACAUUUGACAUACAGUUACUGACAAAAAAGAAGGUGUAGUUCAAGCCAGUUUACUGACUGUGGUCACUGUGUGUGUGUGUGUGUGUGUGUGUGUGUGUGUAUGAUGAAAUUACACUCUUAGGGAUAACACUUCAUUGGUUCUCAUCACAGGACUGUUCAGUGGUGAAAUUGCCUCUCUGCUUUUAGACAAAGGCAUUAUAUGCUCAGCUAUGUUUAGAUUGGUGUUUUUUCCCGAGGCUCUUACACAUUGUCUGUUCUCUCUCCAUCGCUGUAAAUACAGACUUUGAGUGUGUCUGUGUCCGUGUGUUAUUUGUGUUACUUAUGUUCCUUACAGAUGUGUGCACUGUAUGUACCAGUCCUGCAGCAGUAAUACAAGCAGUUUAGUGUUAAAAAGUCAGUCAGGCCUCUUUCUUUUACUUCUAUUUGUAUAUCUGUGUGUGCAUGUGUGAGCGUGCUCUGAGUAGAGUGCAGUGUGGGUGUUAAAGAAGUUGGUCCACAAACAUCAUGUUGCUUUGCCAGCCUGUAUCUGCGUCUCGGUCUCUGUCUGGCUUAUGAUAAGUGUAUCUCUUUCUGCAUCUUGAUCCUGUGCAUGCUUACUGGUCUGUGCUUGUGUUUAUGCAAGCAUGUCAACCUCACAACUGGAGCCUGGACAAACCCUGUGGGACCAGCAGCCUCUUUUGCAACUGCCAGGCUAAAACACUGGUGCUAAAUUGACCUACACUGGCAGAGGGCUGUUUUUCUAUGGUGCUAUUUUUGUCAGCCCUUGUCCUCCUCCUCCUCCUGCUGUCAUUGGCUCAAAACUUGAGUGAUUACAACGGGAACCAAAGUAAUACAUUUUCAUUUAACCCGAGUCCUUAACAGUGCACUGCUUAAUGGCCCCUCUUAGGUUAAGGACCAUAUAGCCUAGUGGUGGUUAUUAGCGCGGCACAGUGAAUCAGCUUAAAGGAGCUUGUUGAAGGUCAGCAGGGGUCAAGCUGCUGCCUUGGCCUGGAAGAAAAAGGUUAAAACAUAUAGAGAAGACACACAGAGAGAUUAAUGGUUGUUUACUUGUACUGUGUUUUGCAGCAGGGAGGCAAGUGGGUCAUCCAUAUUCAGAGAUAACGUUGUAACAAUGCUUGCCAAAGUCUCCUCUUGCCACUUUCUAUUCUGAUUGUUGGAUCAUUACAUUAGUUUGAUGGCAUUUAAUGUGUGUACUGUAUGUGUGUGACAUCUCAGCACCUCCUUUUCAGCUUACUGACUGUUGUCUAAAACCCAGGUCCAUCAAGCUUUGGAUUUCUGGCUGUAGUAAGAGCGAUACUCUGUGUUUAAUUUUUUUUUUUUUUUUUGCUUUUUCAAAACCAAAAUCACAAGAGCAAAGUGUAAGCAAUGGAAUGAAUAGUGUGUUUGUUUGCACUAACAUAAUCAUUAGUGUGUCCGGCCAACUAGCUUACUACCUAUAGUAGUAACUGAGCAUUACAAGGCCAAGUAGCACAUUAUUAACUAACUAGGUUACAUUAGGUUUUGGGGUUAUGUUAAAAAAAAAAACAACAAAAAAAAACCCUGUCCACGGCUAGCACAUCCACUGUGUAGUAUUUCCUCUCUGUGGAAGCCAGUCUUGGAUGCAAAGUUUAGGCUAACGUUAGCAGCUCUGUGCUGCUCUUUACUGGAUAGAGGGAAGUUUACACUUAAGCAACCCCAAACUUGUUUUCUGAAAAAGCAUUACAUUCACACACAUCAGUUAGUCCUCAUCCUCAAAGCCUCUUAUAACCUUAAAAGUGAAGCAUGUUUGAAAAUACGAACAAUGAAUCAUACAUCUAACCUCUGUCUUGUCCAAAGUAUGUAAGCUAAGAAGCUAAACAGAGUUUUGUUAGAAUGAAAUUAGUCUUAUCUUACAUUUUUCCUUAUAAUACUUAAAAUACUAGGACUUAAGACCCUUUACAGGGUUCUCUUUCAGCUGGAAACAUUAGAAACAGCUUUUUCAAGCAUUUCAUGGCGUUAACAUUAGCUUAAUUAGCUAGCAAGCUGAUCAAAUCUGCUAGCGGCAGUUGUCAUUUCAGCAGACAAAAAGGUACAGUCACUGGCUAGAAAUGAGAAGCCAGCUUUUGUUUACUUCUGUCUGAAAUAAAAGACCCAGUGUUUCAAAAAAAUAAUAGGAAUUCUGAGUGGUAAAUCUGCCACCGUUAUCGUAUAAACUUCAUACGUCCCAUGCGAGAACAGAAAGCUUGGCAGGCAUGGCAACUAUGGUGGACAGUGCUCAGCGAACGGUCAGUUGACCUGUUUAGUCAUGUCAUUAUGUUUGGGAAGGCACUAUGAUGACACCCAUUUAAAAAAAUGUCAAUUCUUUUUAUACCAUUUUUCCACUGAAUGUCUCUCUGCAUCAUUUUUCUGUUAGUCUGUCUUUGGAAGCUCCGCUCUGUCAAUCAAUAAAUACAUUUGAAAAGA